CGGGGGCGGCCUGGGGACCAUGGCGGGCCUGGACGCGGGCGGGGCCGUCCCCGUGUGGCUGGCGGAGGAGGACUUGGGCUGCAUCAUCUGUCACGAUCUGCUGGCCUGGCCCGCCACGCUGCCCUGCGGCCACAGCUUCUGCCGCGACUGCCUGGUGGACCUGUGGGACGCGAGGCGCGGCCGGUUCUGCCCCACCUGCCGCGAGGGCGCCCCUGGGCCGCCGCAGCUGCGGAAGAACACCAUGCUGGAGGACCUGGCCGACAAGUACAGGCGGGCGGCGCGAGAGCUGGAGGCCCCGAGCCCGUACCCCGGCCCGGAGCCCGGCCCGGCACCUCGCCCAGCGCCCGUAUCCGGGCGCCCCACGGCGCAGCCGCGGGUGGAGGCAUCAAAGAGCAUCACAGAAGUUGACCAGGAGCUGGCAAAGCUGGUGGAACGGCUUAUAGAUAUUGUCAGGAACCUUCAGAGUCCGAGACACCGCCCAGAAUCUGAACCAGAUAAAGAAACUUCGUUGGAAGGGGUGGAGGUUUCCUUGGCUUCUCCCAAACUGAGUUCCAGCCCACCUGAGCGAAAAAUGAAAGCUAUUCUCCAUGACUUAGAAGAGAUCCAAGAAAAAUUACGAGAAAACUUCACGCAGAAAGGGGCCCUUGAAGAACAAACACAGGUUGAACUCCCAGAAGUUCCAUCUUCUUCCUCAUGCCCACAGCCUGACCAGAGCCGCCUUGCACCCAAGAAGGCUUCCUCGUUUGCUCGAUGGGCCAUCAGUCCAACCUUUGAGCUUCGGAGCCUCUCCUGUAAUCUAGUGGUGUCCACAGACCUCCGGACAGUGACUGUGUCUGACUUCCCAAAGCUCAAUUCCUGGAGUCCUGAGAGGUUUGCCUCCAGCCAGGCCUUGUGUUCCCAGGCCCUCUCUUCCGGGCAGCAUUACUGGGAAGUGGACACUCAGCGUUGUAGCCACUGGGCAGUCGGGGUAGCUUCGCGGGGGAUGAGGCGUGACCAGAUCCUGGGAAGGACCACGGACUCCUGGUGUGUAGAGUGGAAAGGGACCAGCAAGCUCUCUGCAUGGUGCAUGGUCAAGGAAACUGUCCUCGGCUCAGACAGACCUAGUGUGGUGGGCAUCUGGCUGGACCUUGAGGAGGGAAAACUUGCCUUCUAUUCCAAGGCAGAUCAGGCGAAGCCUCUCUUUGAGUGCCCGAUCUCUGUCUCUUUUCCUCUACACCCUGCCUUCUGGCUGUAUGGCUUAUACCCUGGAAAUUCUCUGACUAUUAGGCAAAUGAAUGUGUAAACAUUCCCCGGGUGUUAAAGCACAUCGGGUCUCUCUGACUUUUAGCAGGGUGGCAACUUAAGAAUCCCAUUUCCAGCACUUCCCUGGUGGUCCAGACAGUUAGGAAUCCACCUGCCAAUGCAGGGGACAUGGGUUCAGUCCCUGAUUCCAAAAGAUCCCACGUGCCACAGAGCAGCUAAGCCAGUGCGCCAUAUCUACUGAGCGCUGGAGCCGUGGAGCCCAUGCCCGGCAACGAGAGAAGCCAGCACACCCCAAGGAAGAGUAACUCCCGCUCACCACAACCAGGGCCCUGCCCAGCCAAAAAUAAUUUUUAAAAAUAAAGAAAGGAAUUGCAAACAAAUAAGGAAUGAACUUUCAAAGUUGAGGGAUGCAAAGUAACUUUAACUUGGCUAACUUGCAUUGUUCAAACCCUGCAUGGUCCAAAGAAAGGAAGGCUCUUGAGUAGGAGAUAAUAUCUAAGCCCUUGGAAUAUCCUGCCUGAUAAGAUUGUCUAUAUCAGAGGCCCUUGGGCCACUCAGUAUCAGCUCGAUCUCUGGAGGAGCUGGAAACUAAGAUCAGCCAUAUGAGCAGUGAUUCUGCCUACAAAAUAAAGUGACUCAGUCGUGUCUUUGCGACCCCAUGGACUAUAGCCUUCCAGGCUCCUCCACCCAUCGGAUUUUCCAGGCAAGAAUGCUGGAGUGGGUUGCCAUUUCCUUCUCCAGGGAAUCUUCCUGACCCGGGGAUUGAACCCAGGUUUCCCUCAUUGCAGGCAGACUCUUGAUCAUCUGAGCCACGGGGGAAUCUGCCUACCGUGGGCCAAUCAAGGCUUUGGACACCGAAUCUUGGAUGUGCUUCCCUCGGCAGUAUUCCGUGUGUGUUGUCACACAUCAUGCUGGGAGAAUUAAGCAAUGGCCCUAUAAUGAGAGGGCCUUUUUCCAUGUCUGAUUUUAACCUAUAUCCUUUCAUUGUAAUAAACUGUAGUCACAAGUAUA